AUGUAUGAAAAAGGACUAUUUCUACCGAUACAAAUCAUAUGUGAAGUGAACAAUGACUCUCCUUCACUGCAAAUGUUGCUGGAAAAUUGUUUAAAAAGUGAAGUAGUUGAACAUAUCUGUCCUCGGUGUGGUGGGAAACAAGCUAUCAUGAGUCAUGAAUUUCGAAGUCUUUCGAAAUGCUUGAUAAUCUUUCUGAAGCGUUAUGAUUUCAAGCAGUCAACACCAAGAAGAAGACAAAGGAAACUGAAAGAUGCAGUGAAACUUUCAAUGUGCAUUCGUUUAAUUACUUAUAACGGUGAAAAUUCUAAGCUAAAAAAUUGUUUUAACAGCUUUCUUCCUAUCAGUAAUAGUAUUAGCGAUGAUCAAGUGUCUUUUGUUCUGGAAACACCUCCAAAUGAUUUAGCUUCAAGCGGUUCCAGUAAUUCAGGGAAUGUAAGAGAGGAUGUUAAACGAGCAGUCCAGAAAAAUGUAUCAAAAACAAUUCAGGAAAUUAAAGACUGCGGUGGUGGAAAUUUUGAGGAAAAAAUAGGAUGGUCCACAAAAUCCUCAGCAAUUGCACAAGAUUCCAGUGCUGACGAGAGAAUGGAUUAUUUAACAUUAUUCUGCUUACCGCAACCUGAUUUUUGUGAGCGCAGCUGUGCCGAACUAAAUAUUCGUUACCGUUCUUUAGCAGUUCGACGUGAGCCGAAACCUCUUUUCCGGAAAAGCGUACCUUCAAAUAUUACACCUGUUGUGGCUGAUGGAAACUGUUUCUUUCGCUCCAUAGCGCUUUACUUAUCAGGAAGUGAUGAGGAUCACUUGAUCGUUAGGAAAAGUGUAGUGAAAUUUGAAGAGAAGUAUGGCGAUCAACUUCGUGAAGUAAACCAUUUUUCGCUAGCUGGUUGGAAGGAGCAUCUUUCGAAAAUGGCAAAUGAUGGUGAAUGGGCGACAGAAAUUGAACUUCUCGCUCUUGCCGCUUUAUUAGAUGUUGAAAUUUGGACAUUCUUAAAUGGCAGUUGGCUUCGGUAUAGGCCACUGUAUAUAGUUGGAAAGGAUGGCAAAUCUCAUAAGUUGUCAAUCCAAAAAUAUGAUGGUAGCGCAAGGAAUGCCAUUUUCCUCAUAAAUGAAAAUUUUCAUUAUAGACCAGUUCUUGACAUUAUCCCGAACAGCGGGAUAUCGGAUUAUAACCUCGCCGCGGUUAUCAGUCAUAAAGGGAUUGGUCCAAGUAACGGACAUUAUGUAUGUGAUGUGAGAAACUCAAACAGAAAUAUCUGGAUGCAUUUCGAUGAUAAUCAUGUUGAAGAAAGAACGGAAGCAGAAAUUCUUUCUGAGUGCAUCAGAGAUGGCUAUAUAUUCUUUUAUAUCGCUGUAGAGUGUAACAAUACUCAUACUCUCACAACUCGUCAAGAAGUAUCAUCCAUUAAUCCGGACUUAGCAAGUCGUUUCUGGACCAGCGGUGUAACUCAAGGAAAAAAUCGUGGUGUCACAUUUGUUGGGAAGAGGAUUGGAUGCAGUAAUGCUAAUUUAAUGAUUGACUUGGAUUUAGCAAAAGACAAAUGGGUUGGGAAUAACUGGGACAGGUAG